AUGCGGCUGUGCGGCUCCGACGUCUGGGGCCACUUUGCGCCGCUCUUCCACCUGGUGGAUGUGUUUGCUGUCUACGCAGUCACGCUGGUGGGCGGCCGCCACGUGCUGCUCCCGUCCUUUGCUCCCGUGGACGCGCUGCUCGCAAUCGAGCGCGAGGGCGUCAGUGUCUCCAACCUGGCCUCCACCAUGGUGACCAUGUUAGCCAGCAGCCCCAUGCUGCCCCUGGCGGACCUGUCCUCCCUCCGCCUCCUCUCCUGUGGCGGCAGCCCCCAGUCGCCCGCCGUCAUUGACCGCGCCAUUGCCGCUUUCGGCUGCGAGUUCUUCGUGAGCUAUGGGAUGACAGAGUGCUGCGGCAAAAUAUCGAUGAGCCUCCUGCCACGCGCGACGCCGGCUGCGUCUUGGUCGCCCGGUGGGGCCGGCGGCGGCGGAGAGCAGGGGGCCGUCGAUGCGGCGGAGAGGCAGGUCGCGCGCGACGCGGCGUGGGCGGAGGCGGUCGCGGCGGCGGGCGGGCCGGAGGGGCUGCUGCAGCUGGUGCACACCUCGGGGCGCCCCUUCUUGCCGAUGGAGGUGCGCAUUGUGGACGAGGACGACCGCGACGUGGACCCUGGCUCCGGCGCCGCCGGCGAGGUCGUCUGCCGCGGCCCCACCGUCUUUGGCGGCUACACCGGCUCCGUCGCCGCCGCCGCUGAAGCCGAGGCCGAGGCCAGGGCCGCUACCGCUGCCGGCGCUGCCGUCUCCGUCACCGCCACUGGUGCUGGUGCCGACGCUGGGGCAGAAGCCAAGGCCGGGGCCGGGUCUGCGGUUGCGUCCAAAGGUGGCGGCAGCGGCGGUGACGGCGGCAGGGGCGGCGGCGGCGCGUGGCUGCAGCCCGGUGGCUGGUUUAGGACGGGUGAUCUGGCAGUGGACCACGGGAAUGGGUACAUAACGGUCGUGGAUCGCAAGAAGGACAUGAUCCUGGUUGGGGGCGAGAACGUGUACUGCUCAGAGGUGGAGGCGGUACUGCAGCAGCACCCGACCGUCGCGCAGGCCGCCGCGUUCGCCGCCCCCUCCGCCCUCCUGAGAGAGGUCGUCGCCGCCGCCGUCGUGCUGCGCCCCCACGCCCUAGCCGUCCCCGCCGCCGACGGCACCGGCGGCCCGGCGGCGGCGGCGGCCGGGGCCCUGGCGCCGGCGGCCGCGCCGGCGACGCUGGUCGAGUGGUGCCGCGCGCGGCUCGCGCACUACAAGGUGCCGUCCCAGGUGCACGUGCUGGAGGCGAUGCCAACAACAGGGUCGGGCAAGGUGCUCAAGCGGCAGCUCCGCACCAUGCUGGUGCCCAGCGCCGCCACCCAUGCUCCUCGCGUUGCCGCGACUGGUGGAGCCGCCGCUGGCGCUGCCGCCAGCAGCGCCUCUCCGCUCGCCGCGCACGACGCGCUGCGGCCGCUGGAGGUGUCGAGCGUCGGUGGCGCGCGCGGGCUCGCGCGCCUCGCCGCGACUGCGCUUGGGCCCGGCGCGCCGGUGCUGGCCCUGCCGCUCGCCGAGCCCCGGGGGGCGGGCCUGGACGCGCACGCGUGCUACGUGCUGCCGCUCACGAAUGGUGUGGCUCUGCAGGAACAG